AUGGUGCGACUUGAAGAGCUUAACGACGAUGUCAACGAGAACAACGUAAAAAAGACUUCGGGUUCACAGCCGGAGGACGGUGAUCUGGAAGAUUUGUAUGAUCGUGCAGUAGCUCGGGGAGGCUUUUCGGAUAAGUCCUUUGACGAAGCAUUGUCAGAUCUCAGCAAAACACCUCUUUUCAUGACAAGUCUAGACGACGCUGGAAACGAAGACAACGUGGUACUAGAGGCGCUCAAAGCGUUUCAAUAUGAAGGCACAAGGUCAGAAGCCGCUCAGAAUUUCAAAGAGCAAGGCAACGAAUGCGUGCAAGAAAGGAAGUGGUCCGAUGCAAAAGAGUUCUAUACCAAAGGUAUUGCGGUGCUAACCAACAAAGUCGACGAGGUGAAAUGGGACAAGCCAGAGGAUCCAGUCGAGGAGGACAAAAGGAGCACACUGCUACUGGAGCAGCUUCAUAGCAAUCGAGCUCGGUGCAAUCUCGAGCUGAAGAACUAUCGCUCGACCACUCUCGACUGCAGCUCGGUACUGAAAAUCAACCCUCAUAAUGUCAAGGCUCAUUAUCGCUCUGCUUCAGCACUAUUUGCGCUGGAUAAGGUGUACGAAGCACUUGACGUAUGUUACAGAGGUCUCAAGCUUGACCAGGAUAAUCAAGUCAUGAAAGUAUUGCUGGAGAAGAUUCAGAAGCGAUCCAGAGUCAAAGAAGAGCAAGAUCGCAAGCGCAAGGACGAGCUGGAUCGUAAGCGACGAGAAAAAUUGACCUUGGUGGCAGCUAUUAGAGCGCGAAACAUUACAGUCCGCUUCUCGCGCAAAGGCGCACCAGAGAUGGCUGAUGCAGAGCUUAGACUCGUGCCAGACCCGUUGUCACCUGAGAGCACUCUUGAGUUCCCAACCAUGUUCCUUUACCCAACACAUAACCAGUCAGAUUUUAUCAAAGCAUUUUCAGAGAAAGACGCCAUUUACCAGCAUCUGAGCUAUAUGCUGCCUUUGCCCUGGGACGCAAAAGGCGAGUACAAGGUCAGCACAGUCGAGUGUUACAUGGAUACGAUUUCUGGUGGAAUGGUAAAGCUUGGCAAGAAGGUGUCACUCCUCGAAAUCUUAUCGAACGACAAGGUGGAAGUGCUUGAUGGAAUGGUGAGAAUAUAUGUUGUUCCUCCUGGUGGUCAAUGGCUUCAAGAGGUCAAAAGGAAGAGAAACAAGUAG